AUGGCUUCCUCCAUUGCCUACACAGCCAGGUGUAUCAGCGCUUCUACAAUGUCCUUUCUACACAUGGUUGGCACAGUAAAGAGACCUUUCGCUUUGCGUACAACAUGCACAAUCAGCUUGACUUGGGUGCUGGAUAUGAUGAGUUGGAAGACAUGCCUUGGCACACCACCCUCAAGGUGGAUUUUUGUUUUUCAAUGCUGCGGCUGA